AUGUUAAACCAUAAGAAAAUAGAAGGGUCUUCUGCCAAUUUGGAUGCUCCUGAAAAAGCUGAAGAAGAAGCGGGUAAAGAAGAGGAAGAAGGUAAAGUUGAUGAAGAAGCUAAAGCUGAAGAGAAAUCGAAAAAACCAAAAGAAAAAGAAGCAAAAAAGAAAAAGAAAGGAGAAAAGAGCACUGAAGGAUCUGAAGCUUCAAAGAAAACGAAAGCUAGUCCUAAAGAGAAAAAGAAGAAGGGCAAAGAAAAGAAAGAUCGAAAGAGCGUAUCUUCAACUAAAAGUGACAAAAAAAGUAAAAAGUCUGUAACUAUGGAUGUUUCGCAGAUGGAAGUUGACGAUUCGAAAAAGGAUUUGGCUGCAUCGGAAAGUACGAAAUUGUCAAUAUCUCAAUCUAGGGAUCUGCACAAAGAAAGUAGGAAAAGAGUAUCAGUCAAUAAGAAAUCAGAGGUUGGUCAAAAGCAACCGAAGAAACGUAAGAAAACUAAAGAUGACCUGGGAAGCGAUAGCGGAAGAAGAAGGUCUAAAGAUUCUAUUUCAAGUAUUAAAAAAGGUCAGAAGAGAAGGGGUUCGACCAUCAGUGAUAUGAGUGAAAUAUCUUUGAGAAUGCGCCAACAAUCUAUCAGUAGUAGAGCGUCUUCAAUGAGAAGAUCAUCAAUGUUUAGUAUGGAUAGCUCAUCAUCAACAUUUUCAUCAUCGGAAGAAGAAGUAGUGAAAAAACGGGGAAAGAAAAAAAAAGACAAGAAAAAGAAGACCGAGGCAGAUGUGGAGAAAAAGAAGGAGGAAGAUGAGGAUAAACCGAAGAAAGAUGAUAAAAAGAAGUGUCCAGCUAAACGAGGUGAAGGAGAUCAAAAAAAAGUUAAACUGACUGAACCUGAGGAGGAAGCGAAAGAAGAAGCACCCAAAAAGAAGAAAAAAGGAAAAUCAAAGAAAAUUCUGAAAUUUUACAAAUUAGUAGGAAAAGAACCAAAGGUAGUUGAAUCGGCGACAAAAGAGAAACAACCUAAAAAGGGAAAGAAAAAGCGUAAAGGGAAGAAGGAGAAAGGGGAGACUUUGUCUGCAAAAGAAAGGUCGAAACGCGACGAAGAAAGAAAACUAAUGGCGGAACAGGAAGCUAUCAGACUUGCAGAGGAGGAACGAAUUAGGGCAAUAGAAGAAAAGAAGGAAGCAAUCGCUACAGAGAAGCGAGAGGUCAUUGAACAAUCUCUUCGCGAAGAGCAGCUACAGCAGAGUUUGGAAUUUCGCGAUUCCAUAAUACGAGCUGGACACGAUUCCUUCAUGGCGGAUAAAAUUCAGAGCGAUUGGGAAGAUUAUUUGCGUUGCGAUGGACUCCCGAAGUGCUGGAAUCCGGCUGAUAUGAACACUUACCUGCACAUCUGGGAGAAAACCUUGAAAACUGCGGGCAUCAAAGACGCGGCCCGAAGAACCGACGAAAUUAUAAAGCUUUUAGAUGACUUAGAAGAUUUAAUUAAUGAUCCGUUCGAUGAGACUGUUAGUAGGCAACAGGAUUGGAAAUGGAUUCGUGAAGAAUUUCGAGAUUACCAAAGGGAAAGUUUGGAGUACGCCACCUAUCAUCUUUUGAGGUAUAUUGGUAAUCGUAUGAAUCGCAUCGAUAUUCCAACGGCGGAUUACUUAUUGUCCAAUAGCAAUUUCGGUUAUUGCCUUUGGACGCUUGUUAAAUUACCGACGCCAACUCCGAAUCCUAGGAUACCGGGAAGGUCUCGCUUAGAGCUCGAUUGGCCUUAUAUGUCGGCGGAAAUUCUAUUUCCUCACAGUCUUCUAUUCGAUAAUUUGGCUGUUAGAGGAAUGUACGCUAAGUACGAUCACUUGAGCGAUACAGCCGGUUCAUAUGACCCGCCGGAGAAUCCAAACUUUUAUAUACAAGAGCUUAACGAUUGCACAGCCAAGGAGUGGUUGUUGAAAGUACAUUAUAAGUACGAUAAGAGAGUAAUAGUCAAGAAAGAAUUGGAAGAGGUCGUCCAGGAAGACGGGACUGUAGUGAUGGUCGAACCAGAACCGGAUCCGGAAAUACCACCAGACCAGAUGCCUCCUGUCGUACCAUGGCAAAAAUUGGAACCCUCCGCCAGCGAAUACGCAUUAGCUAUUGAAAAGGAAGUAUUCGACCAGAAAUCAAUUUUACCUUUUGAACACGAUGAAAGUGUUCUGAACAUGAGGAAAUUCUGCAUAUUGGGUGGUGUAUAUUUCUUAGAUCUAUUCGUGCAACCGCCUCAACCGCAAGAGAUGGUUUCUUUUGAAAUUUUCAUUUCUAACCUGAUAAUACCUUGCUGCAUAGAAGAGGCGCAUUUUUACGUGGGUUACACACCUCCUCCGCCUACGGAUCCCGAUGUAAGGAAGGAACCCGAAGAGAUUGAAGAGGAAAUGAUUCGCACCGAGAGGGAAUUGGACGAAUUGAUUUUCAUCAAUUUAAAGUUGCCCUCUCAUGUGUACUGGUUCGAGGCUCCGGUUGUCUGCCAAUGGGAUCAAGAACUGAAAGUGUGGACGACGCGCGACAUUCACGAUUUUAAAUUCUUCGAGGACAAAGGCUACAUGACUUUCAGAACUGGAAAAUUCGGUGCGUUCGCUUUAGCCAACUUCAAAUAUCCGAAUUUACCAUUCCAGGCAUGGGAAAUUCGACCGGAAGACGACGGAAGCGUCACGUUUCAGCUAAUGGCUGCAAUACUAGUAGUGGAAUUUAAUGUCAAAGGGUAUUUCAUUUGUAUUAGCCAAAUGCAGAACGAGCCAAACGACGCCAUGCAGGUUCAUAUUGGGAAAUACUACAAAUUACCGAAACUUAUAAGUAUUAUGAAAAGUUACGGCGUCGAUUUGUUCCCAGAUUGCGAUACAUUCCAAUUCGUAGAAGGUACAUGUGAAAAACACUACCCAAUGGAGAGGCAUCUGUACUACGCUCUAGCUUUUGGUAGUGUGUGCUACAAUUUUUCUUGGUCCAGAUGGAACGUGACGUUAGAUUAUCGCAAAGUGGCUUUUCAGAUGCGCUUAUAUAAGUUUAACAAGCCAAAACAAUUAAACUACACUCUGGCAAUGGUGACGCCCCUAAAGGCCGUACAAAUCGACUGCACGGAGGUGAGUCAAACCUUCAGCGAGGAACCAGUCGAGAACUGCAAGUUCUAUCCGGACAUGUUCUUUUUGAUAAGGGGCGUGAGUAAUAUGGCUACCAAGAAUAAGUUGCAGGCCGCUCCUUUAAACAUGAUCAACAGUUUAUCGAACCUCUUCAUGGCCACCCGCUUCCUCAGCUUCUCCUAAUCAGCAACAAAUAAAUGAACGCCGAAAGGGCUCCAAUAAUUAUGUCUAUCGUUUAUUGUAUUGAAUCAUAUACAUGAAGCACGGUUUCUUGGCAAAUGUUCAGUGAACAGGCGUAUGCUACUCAAUGUGCUUGU